AUGGGUAUUAAUUUAACGAAAUCAAAUCAUAUACAUAUACAUAAUAUAAAUUGUAAAGAUAUAAACUGUAAACUAUCACACCAACAACAACAAGAUAAACAAAUUAUACCUGUCACUUUGCAAAAGAAAAUUAUUGAUGCUGCGAUAUUCGAGCAAGAGAAACACUGGCUUUUGAAAAAUGCUGCUCAUUUGCCAGUCAAUAUGACCAUAGAUGAUCUAAACCUACUUUCUUUCAACGGUCAAGACACACCAGAGCUCAUCAAUACCUUUGUCGGUCAACCAUUACUCUCUAGCUUAUCAUCUCUAAAGUUGAGUUUUCAACCGGAUUUGGAUUACUCUGUCUUUCUUAAAAUCAAAACACUCAUGCACCUCGGAUUAUUUAUUGGAAUACCACAACCAAGCACACCAACACAACAAACAAACAAUCAUUUACAAUCAAUAUUAAAUUAUAUCGAACAGCUUCCAUCAACACUGAAUCUAAGUCUCUCGAUUUCAAAUCUGACAGAAGACUAUCGUAAAUCACUAGAGUCACUCAAACCACGAAAAUUAGCACUCACUUUUUUAAAUGUUGCUUGUAAUGAAAUUCGAUUCCCAUCAACGAUUGACACACUUUUGAUCAAGAGAAUCACCAGGCCCAAUGUACCGGACACUGCCAACGAACCAUUAAUAUCAAAUCCAUGGAUACAAUUACAAGAGAAUUCAUCGCUCACCAAUCUCAAACUCUCAAAGAUAUCAAUCAGCAACAUCGACCUCGAGAAGAUGCUCUCACAGGUACCAAUAUCAGUGCUAAGCCUCAGCAACACACCAUGUAAUUUCGAACAACUAUUAAAACUAGAGACACUUCAAAGUCUAACUCUAGUAGAUCACAACGUAUCCUCACAACUGCGACAAUUCCUAGUGGACAUUGAAGCUCCAACCAACUCACCACUCUUGGAGUAUAUAACAAAAAAUGUAACUUCCCAAAGACACAUAGUAGAUUCAAACUAG